AUGGACUAUCCAGGUAUAAUCCACAUUACAGCUAUUCCUGUGGUGCUCUAUCUCAUCCGUUACUUGUGUGGUCUAUACUGGCGUCUCCAACAUGUUUCAGGUCCAUUCUUUGCGAAGUUCACCAACCUCCAGCGAGUGUGGUGGGUGAAGACCGGACGAGCUCAUGAAUACCACCGUGAAAUGCAUGCCAUGUACGGCCCUGUCGUCCGAUUUGGACCAAACAUGGUCUCUAUCUCAGAUCCUCAAGCCAUCCCGGCCAUCUACCCGAGUAGACCGGGGUUCCCCAAGGUCGGUACCGGCAGCGCCAGAGCCAUUGCCUCCAUUUAUUGA